GGAUAACGGUUGCCUGCCGUUGUCCCUGGUGGAAGGACAUCCGGGUAGGAGAAGUGAACGAGAAAAGGCAUAGAGGAAUGAUGAGAAGGGAGCUUAAAAAGGAAAGACUAUCAAGAUGCCUGAGACCGGCGGCCCAUCAGUUGUUCCGAAGAAGGGCCUGACACUCGAUGACCUCAUUGCGGCCAUCGACCGACAUGAAAGGAACCCGAGCAACAUCCCAAAGGUCGAUACUUUCCACUUCUAUGGGGAGAGAGUUUCGGAAUGGCUAGAGCGGGUGGAACAAGCUUUGGUUGGGCGGUCGGACAUUGUAAAGUUUCAGCGCAUCCUCCAGUAUGUCUUACACAGCUACCAUCAGGAGGUGAAGAAUGUCAUAGAAGCAGCCCAAGGUAGCUGGGAGAGAUUCAAGGAGGGGAUGCAGAGGAAAUACCGCUUGGGAGAUGGACUGUUGACUACCGCGGACCUUGAAGCGAUGAAUAAGGAGGAUUUUACGACGAUAGGGGCUUUUGUACAAGAAUUUAAGAAGAGGGCGCGAAAGGUCCAUGGGAUUUUAGAGGAAGCACAGUGCGCCAUCUUCCUBGGGCUACUCACGGCAUCGGAGGCCGUCGAGUUGACGAGACAUGGAGGAGGUAGCACUAAGCUCACUUGGGCCACCAUCGAUAGAGGGGUGGAAGUGGGAUGUUUGGACCAGGUCGAACAACGUCAGGUACGCCUGCAAAUGCAGAAGAGAAAGGAAAGAGAUGCGACUGCUUCUGGGACCCAGGGAGUAACAAGGAUUGUUACAGACGUAUUGGCGCAGCUAGGGUAUGCGACAAAGUCGGUGGUGCAAAGGAGGGUGGUGACGGCUGUCAAAGUGAAAGGAAAGGAGCCAGUGAUAGAGGAGGCUGUUCAGGAAGAGCUCUGGGAAGAGGAAGAACCGGUGCCGCAGCACCUGAAAAAGUCCAGCGCAAAGAACACCGGGCCAAGGAGUAUAAGGAACCGGCCCCAUCCGGGAUCAUUCACAAUCGAGGAGUCGGAAGGGGAGUGCAGGAGGCUCUGGGCAGAGCCCGAAGCAGGAGAGAGGGUAGAAGCCUUUUCCCUCAGCCUGUCAGAUAUUGGGAAGGCCAUGGAUUUAGUGGCCGUGCAUGAGAUGGCAGAUCCGGAUGCCAUCCUGGCUUUGAGGGAGCAAGUUCUGGAAUGCCCCGAGGCAGGAAGAUUGAAAUUGGUAUAUCGGCUCCCAGGCAGUGGAGGGAACCCCGCAUCAGCGCAAACACCAUCUGCAGGCCAGCGUCGGGCGUUAGAGCUAAGGAAGGAGAAGAAAACGAAUCGGGACAGGAAUGCGCGCCGGGAACGUGCAAGGGUGGAGAUGGCGUGAACGAGGUGGAAGAAAGGGGUUACCACUCGAUUUUUGAUAGAAUCGAGCGGAAAAAGACUUAGAGUAAAGGUUUUAGGAUAAG